AUGGAUGGUUCUAAAUACGCCGGAUAUCGAGGUGCUUAUGACAGUGGCUGCGAUUUUAAACGAGGGCUUUUCGACUUAUUGAGAUUUCUACAGGUAGAUUUCGAAUGGGCGGUGAAACUGAAUCGUUUGGCUUUAGAUAUUAUCGGACUUUGGCCUAAAAUCGCAAAAAACCCACGAGAGAAAUUGCUGUGCAAUCUUCGAGUGCUCUCCGUUUUUUUGGCGGUAACUAUCGGCGUUCUAGUCCCUUCUAUACACGCCCUGAUAAUAAUUCGAGGGGAUAUUAUGCUGAUGAUGGAUAAUUUACAAUUCACUUUGCCAGCCAUCAGUUGUUCAAUAAGGAUCAUGAUUUUUUGGUGGAAGAAAGAAGCUAUCUUACCGAUUAUGAAUAUGAUCGUGGAGGAUUGGAUAAGUGCACAUGAGAACGCGCAAGAGAGAAGGAUCAUGAUCAGAAGGGCGCAAACCGCGCGCAUAAUUAUCACGUGCGCGUAUUGUCUAAUGGGAAUAGCGUGCGCCUUCAUCAUUGUUCUUCCGGGUUUCUUCGGCGUGUCGAUGAGACUGACACCGAACAUCACCGACCCUGGCAGACCGAUGCCGCUGCAAACCCAUUACGUCUAUGACGUCACGAGGUGGCCGUAUUAUCAGCUGACAUUUGUCAGUCAGGCCGUCUACAUCAUCCUCGCCAUGAUGUCUUACACUGGAAUCGACAAUUUUCUCGGUCUACUAAUUUUUCACAUAUGUGGCCAACUGGACAUUCUCAAGGAUCGUUUGGCGCAUUUGCACGAGUAUGUCAAUUGGCGCGACAUGUUGAGAAUCUGCGUGAUGAAACACAUUCGUUUGCUCAGAGCUAUUGACAUUAUUGAAGAUACAUAUAAUGUAACGCUUCUUGCAUUAUUCGUGUACUUUGCGAUCCUCUUUGCUUUCUACGGUUUCCGGAUAAUGAGUCUAUUCGAUGAAGGAAAUGAUCUAUCGUUCUUUCACUUGGUGUAUUUCAUAUCCAACGUUUUCAAUAUAUUUGCGCAUAUGUGCUUAUAUUGUGCUCUCGGCGAGAUUUUGAUGGCUCAGUGCAAUAAAAUAUAUUCUGCGGCAUACGACAAUGAAUGGUACUUGGCGGAUUCGAAAGAUGCAAGGAAUUUAUUGCCAUUAUUAAUCAAAGGCACUAAACCGGUCUAUCUCACCGCUGGAAAAGUAUUUCCCAUGACAAUGGCUACAUUCUGUGGUCUGAUAAAAACAUCUGCCGGUUAUAUAUCUGUUUUGCAUACGACGAGAAAUUAAUGAAAAGAGA